UUUCUCUAACAUGGAGUGAUACAUAAAAGACAGUUACAAAUGACAAUUUUCUCUUGCAGUGAGGCGUGAAGGUUAGGUGCUAAACAGUUUAUAGACUCAAACUAUGGAUCAUUCCACCAUAACAAAAGGCAAAUUUGAGUCAAACUGAAAAAGAAAAUAAAUUUCAAAAAAUGAAAUGGGAAAGUCAAACAAUUUCGCCGAACUGACUUUGAUGAUCAGACUGUACCAACAACCAAAUCGGAGGCGAACUAAAGUUACUUGCUUUCAAUUUAAUGGGGUUUCCACUUUCCACCCAUAAUUCCGACCAACCCUCCACAACUGGACACCUUCAUCGCCUCUUCUUUUUCAUCUCAAAGUUCUCUCUACAAACCCCUUUUUGCUUUUUGCUUUUUCUUCUUCUUCUCUAUAUUGGGUCAGAUUUUCAACACCCUACUACAAUCUCCCUAUUGGGUUGGUAGGUUAGAAGAACAAACACUUUGAUUCAACGGACAGGUUUUCUAAAUGGCUGGAAAAGGGAAUGGAAGAUUAGAUUGUUCACAUGCUUCCAAUCCCUACCAUGUUUGCUCUGAGUACUGUUUUGAAAAGAAGGGUGAAAGCAAGAAGCAGAUAGUUAGGAAGGAUUCAGGCGAUAGUGCUUGGAAAUUUAGUAGCGAACGUAAAAAGACAGUUCGUUCAGAUUGCACUAGGGGAUCUAAUCCUUACCAUAACUGUGAUGAAUUCUGCUCCAACAUGACCACUCAAUCUGGUAGGCCAAAAGCAGAAAGGGGUUCAGCUGUAGGAUCAGGUGGAGCAAGGAGGGAUUCACUGCCAAAAUCGCCCCGAAAACUCAGUGAUCCUUUGGCAAGUGCUGUUUCAUCCAAACCUCAAGUAACUAAAACAUGUGUUCCCCCAGAGAGUUCUAAAACAUCUGUUCCCCCAGAGGAAAGAACUCACUUUGUUGAAGACUCUUUGACGAUUGAGGAGCAAAAUAAGUUUUCUAAGUUGAUUCUAGUUUCUGCAAAUGCCCUGAAGGUUGAGGCUAAUAAUCUCCAGAAGCUCCACAAAACUGAGACUUACUCAAUUACUUCUGUGAAAUCAAAAGAACACAUCACUAAAAGUUCUGAAAUUUCUGAAUUAGUACAAGAUGAAGAUCCUUCAGUUCAUGAGGAGGAAGAAGGUAAUCAUAAAACUACUUCACCUAAUAUCACUAGCUUUCCUUUCCCCACAAUGGCUCCUAAUCAAAAAGGAAGUGACGAGAACGACGUUAAAUCUGUAUCAUCUGAGCCCUAUGUACCUGUGGGGAAGUACCACGUUAAAUUAAGUUUAGCUCCCAUUCUGCAAUCGAUCUUCAAUAAGCAUGGAGAUAUAGCUGCUUCAUGUAAAUUGGAAUCAAUUUCGAUUCGUUCUUAUUAUCUGGAGUGUGUGUGCUAUAUCAUUCAUGAAUUGCAGCACACAAAAUUCUCUCAGAAGGUGUCCAAGUCCAAAGUUAAAGAACUCUUGGCCAUUCUCAAUGAUGUAGUGUCUUCAGGAAUGAAUGUUGGUUGGCUGCAUAGUAUACUAAAUGAUAUUGCAGAAGCUGUUGAAUCCAGUGGCCAACAAUUUACUCUGGAGGUGGCCAAGGCAAAUUGUGACCACGAGUUGGAGCUCAUCAAGAAUGAACUCGAAUCUCAAACACAGGAUUUGACAAGAAAAGAAAAGGAAAUGAAUGAUGCGAAGGCAAAAGUUGCCGGUACCAGAGCUCGCUUGAGUGAGCUUGAGUCCAAAUAUUUACAGCUGAACAAGGAGAUUUCAUCUCUGCAGUUUAAGGUUAAUGGUUUAAAAUGCAACGACUUGACUGAUGAUCUUUUGUAAAGUUUGUGGUACUGAUUUAUGAUUUGCUGUCAUUUAAAGAUCAUAUGAAACCUCCUACGAGGCUAACUCUUAGGGAAGCUAGAACAGAAAUACUAUCAUACAAAAAGAUGUAACGAAUAACAAGUUUUGAGCUUUCAUGGCAGUUAGUUCUUGCAUAUAUUUUGUUUU